AUGACGCAAAAGCAUAGUUUCCAAGGGUCGUAACUUCGUAAGCACUAAGAGAAAAUUUUAAUGAAAAAGUUAUAAAAACAGUACACUUUUUAAUAUUAUGGUAAAAGAAAUUUUCUUUGUAUCAUUAAGCGUUACUUUAAAUAGCUCAUGUUAAAUAUGUUAAAGGACAAGGGACAAGUAACAUUCGAAGAUAAAUGGCCAUCCAUGCGUCCUAUAGUUUUGAAAUUACUAAAGCAGGAACCGGUAACUCAAAUAGAAUGGCAAGAUCUUUUCGUUGCAGUACAUUCGGUUUGCCUUUGGGAUGACAGAGGCCCAUAUAAAUUAAGAGAUGCGCUUCAACAAGAUAUAAUGAUGUACAUUAAACAGGCUCAAGUUCGUGUUCUAGCACAACGUGAGGAUCAGGCACUUUUAAAGGCGUAUAUUGCGGAAUGGGGAAAAUUUUUUACUCAGUGCAAUUAUUUACCUACACCAUUUCGCCAAUUAGAGAAUUCCAUUAAUAAUAUGAGUAAAGUGACGAGUUCUAAUGCAUCAAGUUCUCAAAAAAAGAAUAAUAAUAACAACAUAGAAGAUAGCUUAGUGCGAAAGUUGAUGUUGGACUCUUGGAAUCAAAGUAUUUUUGUGGAAAUCAAGCAAAGAUUACAAGAUUCAGCUAUGAAACUUGUACAAGCAGAACGUAAUGGUGAAUCCUUUGACUCACAGCUUGUUAUAGGUGUAAGAGAGUCUUAUGUUAAUUUAUGUUCAAAUUUAGUUGAUAAACUACAAAUAUACAGAGAAAACUUUGAAGCUGCAUACAUGCAAGCAACAGAGGAGUUUUAUAAAUUGAAAGCAAGCGAGCAUUUAUUAUCUAAUGGUGUACAGUCUUAUAUGAAAUAUGCAGAUCAACGACUUAAAGAAGAAGAAGCUAGAGCACAUAGAUAUUUAGAGCCUGGGAGUGGAAGUGUUGCAGCACUUACACAAUGUUGUGAAAAAGUUCUUAUUGGGGAACAUUUGCCCACAUUACUUGCUGAAAGUGCUCCUUUAAUUAAAGCUGGUGAGACAGAUAAACUUCAGCUAAUGUUUCGCCUUCUCGAUAGAGUGCCGGAAGGUGUUACACCAAUAUUAAGAGACUUGGAAGCUCAUAUUGUGUCUGCAGGCUUAGCAGACAUGGUUGCAUCUGCUGAUAUAAUAACAACAGACUCUGAAAAAUAUGUAGAGCGUCUAUUAGAUCUGUUUAAAAAAUUUAGUUCUUUAGCUAAAGAUGCUUUUAUGGAUGAUCCUAGAUUUUUAACUGCUAGGGAUAAAGCUUAUAAGUGUGUUGUAAAUGAUACUACAGUUUUUAAGUUGGAACUGCCAUCAUCAGCCUUAAUACGCGGCAGCAAGGGUACUGCCCCAGAAAGCAAGUGUCCUGAGCUGCUUGCUAACUACUGUGAUAUGUUGUUACGUAAGACACCAUUGAGUAAAAGAUUAACAAGUGAACAGAUAGAAUGUAGGUUAAGAGAUGUUUUAUUAGUUUUAAAAUACAUUGAAAAUAAAGAUGUUUUUAUGCGAUACCAUAAAGCACAUUUGACUAGAAGGUUGAUAUUAGAUUCUAGUGCAGAUUCAGAAAAGGAAGAAGAUAUGGUUGAGUGGUUGCGUGAAGUUGGUAUGCCAGCUGAUUAUGUUAAUAAGCUAGCUCGUAUGUUCCAAGAUAUUAAAGUAAGUGAAGAUCUGAACACACAAUUUAGAGGUGAAACUACAAGGCAUGACGCUAUUAAUAUUAAAAUUCUCAAUGCUGGUGCUUGGGCUAGAGGUUCUGAAAGAGUUACUGUAAGUCUUCCUCUAGAAUUAGAGGAUUAUAUUCCAGAAGUAGAAGAAUUUUAUAAGAAGAAGCACUCUGGCAGAAAAUUGCAAUGGUAUCACCAUAUGAGUAAUGGUACUAUCACAUUUGCUAACACAGUAGGCAGAUUUGAUUUAGAUGUGACAACUUUUCAAAUGGCUGUAUUAUUUGCAUGGAAUCAAAGACCUAUGGAAAAAGUAACAUAUGAAAAUCUAAGACUUGCUACAGAAUUACCUGAUCCAGAAUUGAGGAGAACUCUUUGGUCAUUAGUUGCAUUCCCUAAACUCAAAAGGCAGCUUUUAUGCUAUAAACCACUUGUACAAAAUCCAAAAGAUUUUUCGGAAAAUACAACAUUUUGGGUCAAUCAAGAAUUUGCUCUUAUUAAAAAUGGUAAACCACAAAGAAGGGGUAAAAUAAACUUAAUUGGUAGACUUCAACUUAGUACAGAACGUUCUCAAAUAGAAGAUAAUCACUCCAUUGUUCAAUUAAGAAUUCUAAGAACCCAAGAAGCAAUAAUAAAAAUAUUAAAGAUGAGGAAACGCAUCACAAAUACUGCACUUCAGAGUGAACUUGUUGAAAUCCUCAAGAAUAUGUUCCUGCCUUCAAAGAAGAUGAUUAAAGAGCAGUUAGAAUGGCUUAUAGAGCACAAGUACAUGCGUCGUGAUGACGAAGAUAUCAAUACUUUUAUAUACAUGGCCUAAAAUUAACAUCUCAACUGUACAUGAUCCAAUAAAUUAUUUACUCAUUUAAA